AUGUCACCUUGUGCUGUGAGAGAUUCUCAGGAUCGAUAUGACGAGCUGCAAUGCUAUCUGUACUCGGAAGCAGAGUCUAUGAGCGAGUUUUUGAAAUGUUGCUAUGACCCUUCUCAUCUUUUGAACCAGGAGAACUGUCACGACGAUGAAGAUGAUGAUCAAUCAGAUUGCUGCUUUGAUUAUUGCUGUUUCGAUAAUUGUGUGGAUGUUCCCGAUCACGAAAAGCCGAUUCAGGAGACAAUAUCUACUGCUACAUCACCGGACAGACAGAUCAAGCUCGAAACUUUUCACUCCGAUUCUGCGUAUUUUAGCCGGGAUGGGCGAUUUAAUUUCUCAAACAAUAACUUGCCUGGCAAUAACGAAGAUAAGCUGGGGACAAUGGAUUUACUCGCCAAUAUGUUCCCCUGUGCUGCUAACCCACCUAAGGUAUUUCCACAAGUUAGUGUCAAUGAUAUGCGACAAGAAAAUAAGUACUUGUCGCAGUCACAUCAUCACCAUAUGCACUUUGAGGAUCAGUACAAUGGGAAUGUGGUUCGACAUGAUAUUAUUAUUCCUUCGAACAUCCAUACUCAUUUGCAUAGCCACAGCCACCACCACUGUCCUGACCAUGAACAGGAUCAACAUGGUGCUUUAAACCCCCCACAUCAUCAUCACCAUCAUCAUCAUCAGCUAAAUCCAACUCAUGCUGUUACCAAGGAAGAGGAGAAUCAUGCGCCUUCGCGCAAGAGAGUGAAACUGACCAAUGAAGAGCCCUCAAACUUCAUAUCAUGCAAAUGGAAUGGCUGCAAUGAUGAACUGGAUAGCUCAUCUUUCAACCAACAUAUCUUAGACUCUCAUAUCAAUACCAAGUCGGAUACGUAUGACUGUGAAUGGAAAGAAUGUUUCUUUUCAACAGAUAACCUUGAUGAUCUCCUUCUGCAUGCUGGAUUACAUUUAGACCAAUCCCCAGUGCCCAUUGAGACUUUGACAAAUACCUCGGCUAGUACGAAACCUGCUCCCCACAAUCAUGCCUCACAUGCGGAGCAUACAUGCCUAUGGGUUUCGGGGGAUGGCUCGACCUGCAAUGAACAAUUCAUGACGACGACAGAUCUAACAAACCAUGUUAUAGAAGUUCACGUUCAAUCCAAGAAAUCUGAAUACACAUGCCGCUGGAAAGAUUGCACUAGAGAACUGAAACCUUUUACUCAACGCCAGAAAGUCAUUAGACACUUGAAUACUCAUACGAAACAUAAGCCAUUUGUAUGCCAUUAUUGUAUGAAAAGCUUUUCCUUGGAAUUGAUGCUUGAGCAGCAUUUAAGGACCCAUACUGGGGAAACUCCGUUCAAAUGUAAUGUUUGCGGUAAAGAGUUCAAAACUUCGUCAUCUUACACGAUACAUCAGAGAAUACAUACCGGUGAAAAACCGUUGGAAUGUCAGGUUUGCGGUAAAAAGUUCAGGGAGUCAUCGAACCUCAACAAACAUAUGAAGACUCACACAAGAAAAUUUAAGUGCGAAUGCUGUAUGAAGAGUUUUGAUGACGAGGUAAAGUUCAAGAAGCAUCAGACAUUGUGUCAAGAAAUCGGACGUCCAAAUCUAAAAUGCAGUUGCCGUGUGGACCAAGAGGUUGGUGUAAAAGUAGGGCAUUGA